GAGACACAAAAGCCAAAAGCAGCAAGACCCAAUCAUGAAGGUAUUCGUUGUACUAGCCGUUGCAGUGCUGUCUGGCUGUCAUGCCAACCUCUUCUAUGCCGAUGCACCAAAGCCAAGGCUAGAAGAGCUGACUGAUGCUUUCUGGGACUACAUUGGCAAGGCCACCGAAACAGCUGAUGACACUCUUCAGAUGAUCCGGAAAUCACAGUUUGGACAGGAAGUCAAUGCCCGCCUGGCAGACAGCACUGACAUAGCCAGCAAGUAUGCAGUGACCCUGCAGGAGCAGCUCCCCCCUGCAGCCAAGGACCUGAUGACCAAGAUCACCGCAGAGGCUGACCAGCUGAGAACUGUGCUGACCUUGGAGCUGAGCACUGUCAGGGGGAAGCUGGAGCCCUACACCGAGGACAUGAAGGUCCAGAUCCAGCAGAGAGUGGAGCAGCUCAAACAGGAGCUGGCACCCUACGCAGAAUCCCUUGACUCUGAGGGCCUGAGGGCCACCCUGAUGCAGAAGAGCGAGGAACUGAAGAUCAACCUGGAGCAGAGUGUGAAGGAUCUGCAGGCUCAGCUCGGGCCCUACACCGAUGACCUGAAAAUGAAGGUGGACCAGCACCUGCAGGACUUCCAGGAUAGCGUGGCCCCCAUGACCGAGAAGGUCCAGGUUGAGCUGAGUCAGAGAGCCAAUAUAGUGAAACAGAUGGUGGCUCCCUACGCUGAGGACCUGAGGGAAACGUUGGACCCCUACGCACAGGACCUCCAGGCCCAGCUCAUGUCCCUCUACCAAUCCUUUAUCAACGACAACUAAGUCAGCGUCCACCCCUGCUCCAGCGUUCAUCAAGAUGCUGGCCUUGUUGGGUCUACCUCUGUUUGAAGCAUGAGAUAUACUGUAAACCAAAUUAAACUAAUAUUUAUUGCUAGUUGCAAAGCAAACCUCUGCACUUGUGGAAAAUGUAAAUACUAUGUUUUUAUUUUGUGUCUUGAAGUUUGAAA